GUAUGCGCACGCGCGGCUCUCCGCCUGCCGUUAAUACUAGUCCCGGUGUUGUGCUUCGGUCAUGUCAGGAGCGCGAGCCCGGCUGAGCAACGAGAGCGUCUGAUUGUAAUCCACGCGGACGGUAAAAGGACCGUAAAGGACUAAGCCAUGGGCGGACAGAUGACACGGAAUGCCUUCUACGACUCCCUCGGUGGACCAUUCCCGUCCACGUCCCACCGAUGUCACCACAAACCCAAGAGGUGCCUCCCCAUCCAGUGUGGCAGCAUGGGUGGGCCCCUCCCCGUCAGCCCCCUCCUCUUCCAUCCCAAUGCCAAAGGGUCCCAGAUCGUAAUGGACGCGACUCAGAAAACAGUCAAGAGACAGGCCAGUUUCUGCAAUGCCAUCACCUUCAGCAACAGGCCCAUUGCACUGUGUGAACAAGUCCGCCUCAAGAUCACUAAAAAGCAGUGCUGCUGGAGUGGAGCUCUGCGUCUGGGCUUCACCUCCAAAGACCCGUCCAGGAUCAACCCGGAGAACCUGCCCAAGUAUGCCUGCCCGGACCUGGUGUCCCAGAGCGGCUUCUGGGCCAAGGCGCUGCCCGAGGAGUUUGCCGACGAGGGCAACGUUAUCGCCUUUUGGGUCGACAAGAAGGGUCGGGUUUUCUACCGCAUAAACCAGUCCAGUCCCAUGUUGUUCUUCAGUGGUGUCCGUAUCGCAGAACCUCUGUGGGCUCUGAUCGACGUCUACGGGCUGACCCGGGGAGUCCAGCUGCUCGACAGUCAGAUCAUUCCUCCUGAAGGCCUCCGUCCUCGCUCCUUCACCACCGUACGCUCGUCGUCUUUGCGCCGCGAAGCCGACGACUCCCGCCUGUCCGUCAGCCUGUGUGACCUCAACCUGCAGCAGGAGGACAGGGGCGUCGCCCGCGGCCACGCCCACCGCCACGCCCUCCGCCUGUCCUCGGCGUCCUCAUCCUCCACCUGCCCCAUCCCCCAGAACUCCCUCAACUCCCAGCAGUCCUCUCUGCUGCCGCCGUCUCUGGAAAGCGACCUCCACUUCCACCAGCUCCGCGGCGCCCACAUUAAGACGCUGGACGAGCAGACGGCGGCGCGCUCCGAGCACGGCCGUGAGGAGCGCACCCUGGUGUUCACCAACAGGCCUUUGAGAACCUCGGAGACCGUGUUCGUCAAAGUCACCAAGUCCAGUCCGGCGCGGCUGGGCUCCCUGUCCUACGGCGUGACGUCCUGCGACCCGGCGGCGCUGCGGCCCAGCGACCUGCCCCAUAACCCCGAGGCGCUGGUGGACAGGAAGGAGUUCUGGGCGGUGUGUCGGGUGGCCACGCCCCUGCAGAGCGGCGACAUCCUGGGCUUCACUGUCAACCAGGACGGAGAAGUCCUCCUCAAGCACAACGGCGUCAACGUGGGCAUGCAGGUGUGCGUGGACAACUCCCAUCCACUGUGGAUGUUCUUCGGUCUGCACGGAGCCGUGACCCAGCUGAGGAUUCUGGGUUCUGCUCAGGUGGGGGACCCCCGGCCCACGUCCAACCCCAGCUCCCUGUCCUCGUCACCCCACACCCCCAGCGCCCUGGGCAGCGGCAUCUCUGACCCGGUUCUGAACGGAGGCCUGGGCUCGGCCGCAUACUGCCUUUCUGCAGGAGGAACCUCCCCAAACUCCCCCAUCAGCUUACCCAAGUCUCCGACGUUCCCAUCAGGCCGCGGGCCGUGGACGGACGAGUGUUCCAUCUGUUACGAGAACACGGUGGACACGGUCAUCUACGCCUGCGGACACAUGUGUCUGUGCUACACCUGCGGACUCCGACUCAAGAAGAUCUGCAACGCCUGCUGUCCCAUCUGCAGAAGACCCAUCAAAGACAUUAUCAAGACCUACCGCAGCACAUAAGGAGACGGAUGGGCGGAGCCUAGAGUCAGGAACAGGACGCUCCGUGGAAGUUGACAGAGUACGAACUCUGGUACUUUGCGUUGGUGUUUUUGUACAAUCGUUGUCACUGGGCUCUGGUGACCUUUACCAAAGCCUGGUCCGCUUCACUUUCAGUUUCCAUCACUGCUUUUGUGCAGAGGCGGAGCUUCUGUGCAAAGGCGGAGCUUCCACCGGCGGCAAAAAAAGUCCCCCAGGGAUCUGACGAGACUGAAGCAAACAGAGAACCUCAGUUUGUUCCCAAAGUCUUUCAUUUCGUCGUAAUAUUUAGGGACUGUCGCUGAUUUACACUGAAGCAGAUGUGAUCCUUUGGAGGUGAAUGUGUCUAAUCCGGGGGGGGGGGGGGGCAAAUAUAUGGCCCGUGGGCCUUAAGCGGCCCGCCAAAGGGUCCAAUCCGGCCCCAGGGGCAGAUGUGUGAAAUGGGAAAAAAAUGACAUUGAAGAUAUUAACAAUCAAGGAUGUUGAACUCAUUUUAGUUCAGGUUCCACAUUCAGACCAAUGUGAGCUCAACUGGGUCGGACCAGAACAAAACGAUCCGAAUAAUCUAGAAAUAAUGACAAACACAACAAAGUCUGUUUGUUAGUAGAAAACAGAACCAGUGUCCCGGUACGUCAGCAUCUGUUCUAUGUUCCAGUCCUGGUUCUGUUCUAUAUUUCAGUCCUGGUUCUGGAUGCA